AUGGAAAAUCAGAAGGUGCAGAAAAAACAGUGUGAUAUGAAAACAGAUCUGAACUUACUGCUUGAAUGCCUUAAAUAUCAGAUGGACUGUCCUGCAGCUCAGAAGGAAGCUUUGAUCACCAUUUAUUCCAUUUGUCAACAAAACAGUGAAGCCAGUGAAUAUUUUCGAGAAAUUGGUGGUUUGAUGUUUAUAAAUGAUCUUGCAAAGUCAAGUGCUCAUUGCAUAGUAAAGGAAGCAGCUUUAUUUACCUUAGGAAUGAUAAUAGAGAGUAAUGUUUAUUGUCAACAAACUUUAUGUACUUCUGCAUUGUUUGAAGACCUCACAUUAUUUUUAAUUAAUAAGGAUUCUGGUGUGAACUUGAAAAGAAUGACUGUUUAUGUCAUCCUAGUACUGGUUUCAAAUAAUAAAAGUGGGCAAACCUAUGUCAGAGACACAGGCUGCAUUGGCCUUCUGCUACAGUUAUUCAGAACAACUCUUUCAUCAUCUGAGAUAAAUUUGCCAGAUGAUGCCCCCAGUCAGUGCUACCAGCUGUGGUCUUCAGUCUGCAGCACUCUCUGUGCCUGUGUUAACAACCCUCAGAACAAAGAUAAUCAAAACAUUUGCUGUUCAGCUUUUCUGUAUGCCAAAGAGUGGCUGGAAAGUUGCACAGAGCCCGAGAUAGUUCGGCCUAUUUGUUCAUUUGUUGCUCUCACAGUUGCAAAUAACUCAUAUGUGCAGCAAUACUUUGUUUCUGUUGGAGGAUUGGACACAUUAGCUAAAGUUCUGGUCAAGCUGAUGCACCAUUCCCAUAUGAGUCACUCAAGCACAAAACUUGCAGUAGUAAUAACAAAGACUUUGGAUGCCUGCAUUGCUAAUGACUCUGCCAUGGGUGUUGUCUUGACAAAGUAUCACACUGUGUCAGAGCUACUGAAGCUGCUGUCCAAGGACACUCUGGAUACUGGAGAAAAAAUCAGUAUUAUUCUAGCAAUUGGACACUGUACUGAAGGUUGUGAACAAAACCAGUGUGAACUGCUCCAGAACAAUGGUCUGCCACUAAUGAUUCAGGUAUUAACCGAGUCUCAGGAUGAGGAACUAAACAAAGCUGCUACUUUUGUGCUGCAAAACUGCAAACAAAUGACUGAGCAGUUGUCCCUGAAAACAAACAAUAAUUCCUUAAAUGUGAACAAUGCAGAGGAGGUGGAGGCGCAAGUCAGAAAAAGAAGUCUACAAGACUACUGGAAGAAAGCAAAAGAAAUUUUACACAGAAUAAGCUUGCUUGAAAAAGAACAUGAUGAGGAAGGAGUGCAAGGAGCAGUAUUUGUUGACAGAUUGCCAGAAGCCAAUGCUGAAGAAUCAAAAUACCAUCAAGGGAAUCCUGAUGAUCAAAAAACUCACAUGAAAAGAAUACAGAAACAAGUACAUUGUCCUCAGAUGGCUUCUAAGUCAGAUGAUCAGAUUCCUGCUCCACCUGUAAAUUCUUCUUCACUGAAAAAUAAAAUAGUGAACAGUACGGGUCCAGUAAACGUUUCUGCUAGACAACGUGAACAGAGUAAUACUCUAUGUGCAGCUAAUAAAUGGCAAACAGAAAGUCUACUUCAGAGUCACACUCUGCAUGAAAAUACCACUUGUGUAAAAAAACAGUCUGUUCUUCAGGAAAGGUAAGAAUGUUUUGAUCCUCCCAGUGAACACGUUAGAGGCACAAAACGGAAACACACAUCAGAUGCCUAUUCACUCCGCUCAAGGGUAGCCAAGGAAGGAAAAAGUACUUUGUCUACAUCUGCAUCCCAUAAAAUGGCAGAUUUAAGGUGUUUAGGUUGUACAGCAGGAGGCCAGUCCUUCAAUAGUAAAACCUUUACCAAGCUGUUGCGAAGUUGUCCAUACCAGUGUGACCAUCACAAAGUCCUUCUGGAAGCUGAAGAAAUAUAUAGAAAGAAACUUCGCACAUUGGCUGAUAGUAAUAGCAGCGGAAAUGCAUCUUAUGAGAGUAUUUUCACUCCAAUAAGAAAAAACACAUGGGAUGCUUCAAUGAGAGAUGAUCACAGUACAAAUACCAGUUGGACUGCUGAAUAUAACUUAGUACCUACAUAUAAAAAGUGUAUUUCCAGUCCAGUAAGUAAAAACACAUUGGAUACGUCAGAGACAGAUGAAGAGGAUACAAAUACUAGUUGGACUGCUGCCUAUAACUUGGUACCUACAUACAAAAAGUUCCCAGAGCUCCGCCGGCAGCGCUCGGCGGUGGUGUCUGCCGUGGCAGCUUCUGGAGCUUGGCCGGCGACGCCGGGCAGGGCCCCGCUGCGGGGAGGCAGCAGGGGGCGCUGCCGGCGGCCCCGCACGCGCGUAAGGCCCCGCCCAGGGCGGGGAACGCUGCCGGGGCUGCCCGGGCGCCGCCUGAGCGAAAGCGGCGCGGGAGUGGCGGGGCGAGGUGGAGCGGCCGGCAGGGGCGGUGGCCGGCGGCGGGCGGCAGCAGGGCCGGCAGCGCGGGGCUCCCGCACAGGCGGGCCGGGAGAGGGCGGAGCGGGGGUCCUCGUCGGGCCCGGGUGA